AUGAGUGUUGCAUUUACGGCAUUUUUGCGACACUCCUUUGUACCACAACAAUGGUUGAAGUCAUUCAUAGUCCCAUUUAUCAAAGACAAGAAAGGAGACUCCUCUAAUAUGGAUAACUACCGUGGCAUUGCAAUUUCUUGCAUUACUUCAAAGGUAUUGGAGGACAUUCUUAUUAAUAAAGCUGGAUUGUGUCUGAGGUCAGAUGAAAGGCAAUUUGGCUUCAAAAGCAAUCAUAGUUGUGGUGACUGCUCGUUCGUGUUGAAAGGGUCUGUCAAAUACUACUUGGACAAGGGAAACCGUGAAAUGUUUGGAUGCUCACUGUUCACCAAGCUAUUAGAUGCAGGCUGUCCGGUGUACUUUGUGAAGUUUCUGAGGCAUUGGUAUGAGAGUCAAAGCAUGGUUGUCAAAUGGAAUGGAAACUGUCCAGCCCCUUUGUAG